CUGCUGCUCCUCGGGGCCGGGGCUGUCCCCAGAGAUGUCCCCAGCGCUGUCCCCAGGGGGGUGUGAGGAGUGUGAGGCCUGGCUGGGCCCGGGGGGCUCCCCCCGGCCGUGUCCCCACGGAGCCGCCGGCGAGGGAGCGGCGCCGGAGCUCCGAGAGCCCCCCACGGAGGACGAUGUCUACUGCCGCUGCCUGUCGCGCACGCUGUGCCACACGGCCACGCCCGUCACCGUCGGCUUCUACGCGCCCUGCGGCCACCGCCUCGAGUCCCUGCUGGCCAAGGUCACCGCCUUCAUGCGGGAGGAGAUGGCGCGGCGCGAAGCCGCCGAGCUGCUCCGCGGCCACCGCAAGCCGCGCAGCCCGCACGGCUGGGGCCUGCUGGUGGCCCUGUGGCUCCUGGCCUUCUACGAGCCCGUGGUGACCGAGGGCCACCUGCGGCGCAAGAACCUGGAGUUCAUCUUCAUCCGCUUCAGCGCCUGGGAGUUCGAGGGCUGCGACAAGCUGUGGGCGGGGCUGGUGACCACGCUGUGCCAGAACAUCCGGCAGCACUUCGGCGCCUUGCCGCUCAGCGUCUUCCACGUGCUGGGCACGCGGCCGCGCUUCGCCUCCGGCUUCUCGCAGCGCGAGUGGGUGCUGAAGAAAGGGACGUGCCUGCGGCUCUGGGGGCUGCUGCUGGUGCUGGCCGUGGGCAUCGCCAUCCUGCUGGUGGCGCUGCUGGUGCCGGGCAUCAAGGACCACCACGCGCUCAAGGUGGUGGGCAGCGCCGUGGCGUCGCUGUCGGGCUCCUCGCUGGUGCUGGGCGCCCUGUCCAUCCUCAAGAACUUCCUGGUGAGCGAGAAGAAGAAAAUCGAGCGCUUGACCAACAGCGAGAGGUUCGCCGGGCAGUUGGGGUUCAUGAGUAAAAUCCGGGGCGAGGUGGAGGUGCUGGUGGAUUUCCUGGCGUUCAUGGAGGUGUUCGAGCGCCGGCGGCUGCGCGUGGUGCUGGAGAUCACCAGCCUGGACCUGUGCUACCCGGAGAAAGUGGCCGGAGUGUUCAACGCCAUGGCCACGCUGCUGUCGGACGCCAACGCGCCCUUCAUCUUCGUGCUGGCCGUGGACCCCAGCGUCAUCGUGCCGUGCCUGGAGCAGACGGGCUGCAUGAAGGGGCUGGCGGACAACGGCUACCUGUACCUGAACCGCGCCGUCACGCUGCCCUUCUCCAUCCCCGAGAUGGGCGCCCGCUCCCGCCUGCGCAGCGUCGAGGCCGCCAUCCAGACGCGCGAGGACCUCAUGUACCGCAUCAUCGCCGGCAACGUCGCCAAAACGAUUUUGUCACUGGAAGAUGCUGGAGGGGACUGGGAUGAUCCAGAAUGA